AUGUUCAAGUAUCGGAUCCGCAUGUUUUUCAAUGAACUGAAAGUCCUGGUGUUUAUGCGAUCCGAUUCGAGACAGUCCGGCUCAGACGCAGAGAGAUCCAGGUCCGGCGGAGCCAUGCGCGGUCUGGGGAUGGGCGGCUGCGGUUGGCCGCCUUUCGUCGACUGCCAUUCCCGGGACGACGAGGAGGAGUACUACGGCAGCGACCCGCGGCCCCGGAGCCUGGCGUUCGAGGACAAGGAGCCCAAGCUGCAAGUGGGCCUGGACGCCGUGUCCCUGGCCAGCACCGCCAGCAGCCUGCGGACCCCCCAGUGCCGGAUCUGUUUCCAAGGCCCCGAGCAGGGCGAGCUGCUGAGCCCCUGCCGCUGCGACGGAUCAGUGCGCUGCACCCACCAGCCCUGCCUCAUCCGCUGGAUCAGCGAGCGGGGAUCCUGGAGCUGCGAACUCUGCUACUUCAAGUACCAGGUUCUGGCCAUCAGCACCAAGAACCCUCUGCAGUGGCAGGCCAUCUCCCUGACGGUGAUCGAGAAGGUCCAGAUCGCCGCCAUCAUCCUGGGCUCGCUGUUCCUCAUCGCCAGCAUCUCCUGGCUCAUCUGGUCCUCGCUCAGCCCGUCGGCCAAGUGGCAGCGCCAGGACCUGCUCUUCCAGAUCUGCUACGGCAUGUACGGCUUCAUGGACAUCGUGUGCAUAGGCCUCAUCAUCCACGAGGGCUCGUCGGUGUAUCGAAUCUUCAAGCGAUGGCAGGCCGUCAACCAGCAGUGGAAAGUACUGAACUAUGAGAAAUCGAAGGACUUGGGCGACCCGGUGAGCUCGGGCGGCAAGGCGGGCGCUCGCGGCUCUCGAGGGAACCCUCACGGCCUGGCGAGCAGCGGCGGCGGGCGGCCGAGCAGGAGGCUAAGAACUAUUCUGAACCACCACUGUGGAUACACCAUCCUGCACAUCCUGAGCCAGCUGAGGCCCAACGACCCGCGGAUCAGCGCCGCCGCCAACCGGGAGGUGGUGAUGAGGGUCACCACCGUAUGA